AUGGAUGGUAAACACAACCAUGAACCAGCUAAAUCGCUAGUUGGCCACCCCUACGUUGGUCGACUAACAGAGGAAGAGAAGGGGCUUGUGGGCACCAUGACUAGUACUUGGACUCCACCGAGACAAAUACUAGCUGCAUUGAAGGAAAACAAUCCAGGUAACUUGACUACAAUCACUCAAGUUUACAGUUGCAACAAAAGGUUUAAAAAAGAGGAGAGGGGACCAUUGACAGAAAUGCAACAUUUGAUGAAGAAGUUGGUAGAAGCCAAUUAUGUUCACUUUGAAAGGCAACAAGCUGAUUCAAGCGAGAUUAGGGAUCUCUUUUGGGCUCAUCCUGAUGCGGUCAGACUCUUCAACACAUUCCCUCAUGUGGUCAUCAUGGAUUGCACGUACAAGACAAACAGAUAUCAGAUCCCCUUGCUUGAAAUGGUUGGUCUCACUUCUACGGGGUUGACUUUCUCCAUAGCAUUUUGCUACAUAGUUAGGGAGCACACAAUUGACUAUGUUUGGGCCUUGGAGUGCAUGAAGUCUCUUAUUGGCGAUGAUGCCAGAUUACCUCAAGUGAUUGUGACUGACAGAGAUUUGGCUUUACUGAGUGCUGUUAAGCAAACCCUUCCCAAUUUGGUGGAGAACUGGAAAUGCAGGAUAUAUGCUGAAACAGUGGAACAAUUUGAUGAGGAAUGGAAGGAAAUGUGUGUCAUGUGUAAGGACUACCCAGAUUUCAUAUCAUACAUUUCUACUACAUGGUUAAAGCACAAGGAGAAAUUUUCUUGCUUUAUUACCAAAAUUGAUAGAGUAUGA